CUCACCUUCUACAGCAGAGAGAGGGAAGGAGACGCUGAGAGAGAGAGAGAGAGAGAGGGAAGGAGACGUUGGGUCAGAGCAGGUGCUCCUGUUGCUGUUUCUGCCAUGAUUGCCUUCUCAAGGAUUUCAAAUUUGGCGGUCAUGUGAAGUAGUUCUAUAUGUUUUCUAUGUGUGUGUCUGUAUUUUGGAUUGGUAAAUCGAAGACGUUGAAUGAAUUGAUGCAAUGGCAUCGAGUAGUAAAUUCGAGCUGUCUUCUGGUAGCUCAGAUGGGCCAUACCCCAGUGGGCAGCGGGGAUCGUAUGCAGCUGCUUCUUUGGAUAGGUCAGGCAGCUUCCGCGAAGGCAUGGAGAACCGAGCAUCAGCACUUCCAGGCAUGUCAAGAAGUGGUUCAACAUUAUCUCACAUAGACAUGAUGAAUUUUUUGCAGUCUUUGCCUUUUGAUGCUAAAGUAAUGGUUGCUGAGCAGAAGUUCCCUCGACAGGGGGAACUUAAAAGAGUGCUAAUGUCUGCCCUUAGUAUCUCCCCAAGUGAUUCUUUAUCUGGCGCUUUUAGUGGGAAGCCUCUACCGGCAUCCUCACUGGAGGAGCUCAGACGGGUCAGGGCUACUCUCCAUGAGAACUCUGUCAAGGCGAGUGAUCUAGCAAAAUCCUUGAACGAUGGUAUUUCCAAAAUUGACAAGUAUUGCCAAGGUGCUCCAUCGAGGAAACGUUCUCGACCUGAUGUUUCAAGUGAGCGGUCAAAUGUCUUGUUGCUUGGAGAUCGAUCGGUUCAGGGGGGAACUGUAUCUAAGAUGGGUUCCCAAAGCCAUUUGAAUUCUAGUGGUUUUGAACUCGGACCUCAAAAAUCAGAAGAAAAGACUAGGAAUACUGUUCCAAACAAACGUGUCAGGACUUCUAUGGCAGAUGUACGGAUGGAUGUACGGGCUAGCAGUCUCGCCAGGCCUUCUGUGCCAGUGGAUCGGGAUAGAGACAUGUUCAAACUGGUAAAUGGUGUUGCAGCUCCAUCUGAAGAAAAAGGUCGAACAUUGGCAGCUGGUGUUGAUGGUUGGGAAAAGUCGAAGAUGAGAAAGAAGCGAUCUGGGAUAAAGUCAGAUGUUUCUACCAGUGCUGUUAUGUCCAGGCCUCUGGAUGGUGAUCGUGAACCUAAGCGAUUAAUCCAACAGAGGCUUGGCACCGAUGCUCGAUCAAGAUUGAGUAACGUCCUUGGUUUCAGGUCAGGGCCUGGUAAUGGAGCUGUUGGAGUUGGGAAGUUAGACGUAACCUCUCAACAGAAUAGUCCAGGCAUGCGUUCUGGACCUAGGGGUGAACAGGAUAGUCCCACACUCCCCAAUGAUAGAAGAGAACGUCUUGUUGGCAUGGAUAAAGAAAGGGUCACUCUCAAAGCUGUUAACAAGGCAAGUACCCGUGAAGAUAAUAGUGCAGCUAGUCCUACUUCAAUCAUGAAAAUGAGUGCAUCAGUUCGGGCACCUAGGUCAAGUUCAGGGGCACUACACAAGUCAUCUCCUAAUGUCCAUCGUGCAAUUGGAACACCUGAUGAUUGGGAGCAUUCUCAAAGUACAAACAAGCUUACUGCUAUUGUUGGGGCUAACAAUCGCAAACGCCCGACAUCUGCACGUUCCUCAUCACCACCUGUUGCACAGUGGGUAGGGCAAAGGCCUCAAAAGAUGUCUCGUGUUGCAAGAAGAACCAACUUUCCUCUUGUUUCAAGCCAUGAUGAAGAAACUGUAGCUAAUGUCUCUGGUGCUGAUAAUGGGUUGGGAUUUCAAAGGCGCUUGUCGGGUAAUACUCCUCAACAAGUUAAAUUAAAAGGUGAUAACGUCUCCUCAGCUGGACAAUCAGAAAGCGAGGAGUCAGGAGCACCAGAAAAUAAGUCAAAAGACAAGGGUAAAAAAUGUACUGAGGUGGAUGAGAAAGCUGGGCCUAGUGGAACGCCGGCAUUGCCGAGGAAGAAUAAGAUGGCUACUGAUGAAGAUCUGGGAGACGUACUUCGGAGACAAGGGAGAACUGGACGAGGUUUUGCUCCCUCAAGGUCCAGCCUUCCUGCAAUGGAGAAGCACAGCAAUGCAGCCACUGCGAAGCAGCUCAGAAGUGCUAGAGUUGGAUCUGAGAAGAUUGAAAGUAAAGCGGGCCGCCCACCCACUAAGAAGUUGUCUGACCGUAAGGCCUACACACGACCCAGGCAUGCAAUAAAUGGUGGAUCUUCAGAAUUUGCUGGAGAAUCAGAUGAUGACCAUGAAGAGCUAUUGGCUGCUGCAAAUGCUGUUCUGGAUACCAGUCACGCAUGUUCGAGCUCAUUCUGGAAGCAAAUAGAGCCAGUCUUUGGUUUGGUCUCCGCAGAGGAUAUAGCCUUUUUGAAGCAACAGAUUCGCCUUGUGGAUGAGUCAGCUGCAAAUAUUUUUGUUCCUAGCGAUUCUGAUCCAAACUCAAAGGGGGAUCUUGGGCCAUCAACUCCAGCACUUGUUUGUACAGAUGAUGGUGCUCCUGGUACAAAUGGUACCGGGUCGAAUGAAGCUGAGAGAGAUACAUGUUUUGUCAGUGAAGAAAAACAAUUUCAAUCUUUGGUAGAUAAGUUUGGACCAGGAUUUCUGGAUCAUCAUGUGAUUCCGCUUUCCCUGAGGAUUGUUGCUGCUGCAAUUCAUGUUGAUGAGAUUGAAGAAUUAUAUUGUGAGACAUAUGAUUCAUAUGGAAUUCGAUUAGAGCAAGAUACUAACUUGAAACCUCAAAGUUUGAACCAACGGUCGUUAGAAAACCUUCUGACUGUCGGAAGAGUUGCUUCUAAUGGUUACCGGGUAACCACCACUCAAAGAUACCUUGACGAGCUGGAACUUGCUGAGCUGGAAGGUGAUGUUGUAACAGAUUCAAGUAUCAAAACAGUCUCAAACUUUGGGCAUUCCCUAAAUGUAUUACAGCCCAAACAAGCAGUGAUUUCUAGCAUGGCCUGUACCAAAUUCCAGUAUGAGAAGAUGAGCUUUGAUGACAGGAUCCUACUGGAGCUUCAAAGCAUUGGAAUUUCCUCAGAAUCAUUGGGAGAAGAAGAUGAUAUCAGUGAAGAUAUCAGUAGAUUAGAAGAGAAGCUCCAUGAACAGGUUAUGCAGAAGAAAAGCAUGCUAGUCAAACUAGAGAAGGCAGUUUUGGAGGCAAGAGAAGUUCAAGAGAGGGGCAUUGAACGUCUGGCAUUGGACAAACUUAUUGGGAUGGCUUAUGACAAGUAUAUGGCUUGUCGGGGUCCUAAUGCCUCUGGUGGCAAGGGUGGGAGCAACAAAAUUAACAAGCGUGUUGUCCUAGCCUUUGUAAAACGAGCAUUAGCAAGAUAUCAGAAGUUUGAAGAAUCUGGAAAGAGCUGCUUUAGUGAGCCUGCAUUCAGGGAUAUGUUCCUUUCUCUUUCUUCCUAUAGCAAUGACACUGAAUGUGUGGAUGCUGUCACAGAUGGGGAGGCUGCUAAUCCAUAUGCUGACACUCCUGCUCGACCCUCAGAAAUUAGGACUUCAGGUACUGCUGCUCCUUUUGGUUCGCAUAGCACCUGUCUGAAUUCACAAGCAGGGCAGAAAGUAGAUUCUAAUGACAAGUACUCUUCCGAUGCUUCUCAAUCAGCCAACCAUUUACCAGAACAAACAUUUGUAAAGGAGGACAUGUGGUCAAAUAGAGUGAAACAGAGGGAGUUGUUGCUUCAUGAUGUUGUUGGCAGUGCAGGUGGUACUUCUCUGAGAACCACUUCGGGUCUUGGAAGUUCACUUGUAAGUGGUACUAAAGGAAAGAGGAGCGAAAGAGAAAGAGAUGGAAAAGGGCACAACAGAGAGCUAUCUAGAAAUGUCACUGCUAAAGUUGGCCGGCCAUCUUUAUCCAAUGUUAAGGGUGAAAGGAAGUCUAAAGCGAAACCUAAGCAGAAGACAACUCAGUUAUCUGCUUCUGUCAAUGGCCUUCUUGGCAAGGCUUCAGAACAGCCCAGAGCAACAUUGCCUCCAGUAACCAAAUUGCGUGAUAUGCCUAUUGUUGGAAAUACCAAAGCGAAGGAUGAAUUUGGGUUGGACUCCAUGUGCGAUGCAUCAAAUGAUCCUGAAGCCCUUGAUUUGUCCCAUUUGCCAUUACCUGUGAUGGAUGAUCUAGUUGUUACUGAAGACCUCGAUGGACAAGCUCAGGAUUUGGGCUCAUGGCUGAACAACUUCGACGAUGACGGAUUGCAAGGCCAUGAUUUCAUGGGCCUAGACAUUCCAAUGGAUGACCUUUCAGACUUGAACAUGAUGGUUUGAAGUCGGCCUUUUUGUAUAUAGUUCUGUGAAUUAUACGAGUUAAGAAAAUAUUGGUGCUGUUUUCAUGAAAUGACCAAUUACAUAGAGUUACUGUUUGGCAGCCAGAUCGGUUAUUAGGGUAUAUGUAUUCUUUUGGGGACUUCCGCAGAAGUUGAGCCGGGAGUAAACCUUUUUGGCCAACGUGAGAUUUGCUCAUGUUUCGAUUGAGCAAUCUUGACUGUAAAGAUCCUGUUUUCCAGUGUUCAAGCUAGCAACUGUAGCCUUGAUAUCAUUGCAAGCAUUAUGUCCUGAUUGUAACAUUUACUAAUUGAAGAAACAGUGCCAAUUGUACAUACAUUUUAUAUCUCAAUAAAAUCGGGCUGUUUAUUUGCUGCAA